CCAAUCAGAAUCCCUCUUUUAUUUUCUUUAUUGGGUGUUAGCAAUAUUGUUCCUUUUUUCUUUCCAAGAAACAAGACCCUGUUUUCUUCAAUAGCCAAAACAGGGGGAAAUGCAGAGCAAAUUAGAAAGAAUAAAUAAGAAAAUCCAUUGAAUCAACACAAUUCAAACUCUUUUCUCAUCAUUGGGUAGUAAAUCUUGUUCCUUUUUACUCCCAAAGAACAUCUUUUUUUUUUCUUCAAUGGCUGAAAAAGAGGAGUCAGCAGUAGCAGAGGGAGAAACAGAGUUAAAGAAAGAACUGCAAAGGGUGGUGAAGAGGAUUCUUGAAGAAGAUGAUUAUGGAAUUGAGAUAACAAUUGAAGCUAUAAGAAUCUUGUCUCGUUUAGAAGAAGUGAAGCUGAAGAAACAUGUUGGUCUUGGAAUGGAUGAUACUGGUUUGCCUGAGAAAUUCAAGUGUCCUCUUUCAGGUGAAAUCAUGGGUGAUCCCGUUGUCUUGGGUUCAGGCCAGACUUAUGAUAGGCCACGCAUUCUGAAGUGGUUGAAUGAAGGUAACCAAACAUGCCCUUUGUCCAAACAAGUUCUCUCCCACACCAUCCUUACUCCUAACUGCUUGGUGCGAGAACUGAUUUCACACUGGUGCAAAGAACGUGGCGUUGCACUACCAAAGGUUUAUCAGGAUAUCGAUGGAGAUAUGAUUACUGAGGUAGACCGAAGUUACUUAAACUCGUUGCUGGAAAAGAUGUCUUCUUCCCUUUCUGAUCAGAAGGAAGCUGCAAAAGAGCUUCGGAGACUAACAAAGACAAGUCCAUCAUAUCGGGAAGUUUUUUGCGAGUUUACUAAUGCCAUCUCUAGAUUGCUCAGUCCACUAUCGGAAUCAGAAAGCAAGAUUGAGUCAGAUCCUGAUCUCCAGGAGGAUUUGAUCACAACAGUUUUAAACCUUUCAAUUCAUGGCGACAAUAAGAAACUAGUUGCCGAAAAUCCUGUUGUCAUCCCUCUGCUUAUUGAAUCCAUGAAGUUUGGAACCAUUGAAACAAGAAGAAAUGCUGCAGCUGCUCUCUUCACAUUAUCAGCACUUGAUUCAAACAAGUUCAUCAUUGGAAAUUCUGGUGCUCUUCUGCCACUACUCGAACUCUUACGAAUAGGGCAUCCAUUGGCAGUGAAGGAUGCUGCCUCAGCAAUAUUCAACCUAUGUAUUGUAUCUGAGAAUAAAGCAAAGUUUACUGAAAUAGGGGCAGUGAAGGUGAUCCUGCAGAAGAUCAAGGAUGGUAUACUUGUUGAUGAGCUGUUGGGAAUUCUUGCACUGCUAUCUACACAUCAUAAUGCUAUUGAUGAACUCGGGGAUCUAGACACUCUGCACUUCUUGCUUCAGAACAUAAGAGAUAGCAGUUCUGAACGUACCAAGGAGAAUUGUGUCGCAAUCCUGUACAAUGUGUGUUCAAACAAUCUGACUUUGCUGAUGGUGAUCAGGAGAGAAGAAAUUGAAAAGCAUGCACUAGCUGAACUUGCGGAUACAGGAACAACAAGGGCCAGAAGGAAGGCCAGUGGCAUCAUUGGGAAAAUACAUAAAGCUUUUCCAACUACAAAUACAGAUUGAGGAAAUAAACCCAAAGGGAAGUCAUUUUUGUACAUGCUCUUUUUUCUUCUGACAUUACACACACAAAUGCAAGCUCAGUUACCCAUGUAAAAACUAGACAUGUCUAUACAAAUUUUCAUAAUAUACUCGUAUCAGGCAAGUUUUGGUCCAAAUGAGGCUCAUAGAUGAACAAACGAUAUUGAAAAAUUUAUCAUCAGUGGAAGUUGUACAUUUUGGCAUAUCUGCUUCUCUACAAAUUCGUUUCCCCCUUACAUUUCCUGACAUAAUCCAAUCUAUACCAACAAUAUAGCAUGCUUUGAGUUCUAAUACUGACUUCAUACUUGCUUUGGUUAUCCAAUUAGCAUUAUAAUAUCCAGUAUCAUCACCAAUGGAAGAAAAGGAGAAGGUUGACCCUUGUGAAAGAGUCUAAUUCGGGUUAGUUGAUGGAAUUGUAGGGUCUUCAUUAUUCCUGUCAACACCAACCAUUUUGAGUGUCGGCACCUUAUUACUAAAUGUUUUAGUACACUGUUCUUGGAAGUGGCUUACCUUUAUUAUAAUCUCUAUAAGAUAUUAACAAAAUUAAUUUCAGAUGUCGGCUAUAAAUUUAUAUAUCUUCAGAAAUGAUAAAGAAAA